AGGGUUUUAACUAGGGUUCAAGGUUCAAGCCAAGCUUCCAUCCUUCUUCUUUCACACUCACACUCUCAGUGUAGUACUUCCGGUUCCAGCGAUCUUGCUCCGUCAAAUAUGUGGGCUCUUCGUCGAGCUUCUCUUCCUCUCAGGAAUCGAGGAUUUAAUGUGAGAGCUUCUUGCAUCAAAUCAGUUUCGGGUACUUGGGUGGAAGAUGAUUCUAGGACGUUGGACUCAUCUAGAAUGGCAUAUGGUCAUUUUUUGUUGCCGAAUAUGUUCUACCAUUCUGGGCAUGCCUCCCUGAAAUUCACAGUGAGUAGGCGCGAACUUUCUUCGCAAGCUGAUGCCAGUAGCACGAAAGAUCAGGAUGAUUUGGAGGAUGGGUUUUCUGAGCUUGAGACACCAGCUGCUGAAUCUGAAUAUGGUAAAGACGAAUUCAAUGAUAUUAAAGAUGGUGAGGAGCCACGCGAGGAGUUGGAGUUUUCAGACACUGAGGUUGAACCAAGUGAGAAAAAAGGACGUCGACGAGCUCAGUCAGAAAUUUUCAAAUUGAUUGAUAAUUCUCCAGCUACUUCUGUUCAAGUGCUUAUGGAUAAGUGGGUUGAAGAAGGGAAAGAACUAAGCAGACAAGAUAUCUCACUAGCCAUGGUUAAUCUUCGGAGGCGCAAACUGUAUUUUAAAGCUUUUCAGCUCUCAGAGUGGGUUGUAUCAAAAAGUCAGCUUGAGGUUACUGAGAAAGAUCAUGCUACCCGUGUUGAUUUGAUUGCUAAAUUGCGUGGAUUACAUGAAGCAGAGAUGUACAUUGAGCGUAUUCCAGAAUCUUUUAAAGGAGAGACAGUAUAUCAAACCCUUUUAGCAAGUUGUGUUGCUCAGAACAAUUUGAAGAAAGCAGAGGAAACUUUCAACAAAAUGAAGGAUUUGAAAUUCCCUCUUACAUCAUAUGUUUGGAAUCAGUUGCUUCUUCUGUAUAAGAGGCAUGACAAGAAGAAAAUAGCCGAUGUAUUGUUGAUGAUGGAAAAUGAGAAUGUCAAACCUUCUCCUUUUACUUAUAAAAUAUUAAUAGACGCAAAAGGCCAGUCCAAAGAUAUUGAUGGCAUGGAUCUAAUUGUUGAGAAAAUGAAGGCUCAAGGGAUUGAACCAGACAUCCGAACAAAAGCAGUUUUGGUUGGACACUACAAAACUGCUGGGCUUGAAAAAAAAGCCGAAGAUAUGUUGAAGGAAAUGGAAGGUGAAAAUUUGAAAGAGAAUUCUUGGCUUGGUCGAUAUUUGCUUCCUCUAUACGCAAACCUGGGUAAGGCUGAUGAAGUGGGAAGAAUUUGGGAGGUCUGUCAGGCUUCCCCUCGAAUUGAAGAUUGUCUCGCUGCAAUUGAAGCUUUUGGAAAGUUGAAGAAAAUUGAUGAAGCAGAGGCUGUUUUCGAAAUGAUAUCAAAGAGGUGGAAGCUUUCUUCCAAGAACUACUCAGUCAUGCUGAAGGUUUAUGCAAAUAAUAAGAUGCUAGCAAAGGGCAAAGAUCUCAUUAAGCGAAUGGCAGACAGUGGGUGUCAAAUAGGCCCAUUGACAUUGGACGACCUAGUGAAACUUUACAUCCAAGCAGGGGAAGUGGAGAAGGCAGACACUAUUCUGCAAAAGGCUAUCAUGCAAAACCAGUUGAAACCAUUAAUCAUUUCUUAUAUUGCUAUUAUGGAGCAAUAUGCUAAGAGGGGUGACGUCCAUAAUUCAGAAAAGAUUUUGCACAAAAUGAAACAAGCUGGCUACACAAUUCGUCUGAGGCAAUACCAAAUUCUCCUACAGGCCUAUAUAAAUGCCAAGCUUCCGGCCUAUCGGAUUAGGGACAGCAUGAAGGCUGAUAACGUAUUUCCCAACAGGGAUUUUGCAAAUCUGUUGGCUCAAGUUGAUGGCUUUAGGAAGAAUCCAGCUUCGGAUUUGCUUGAUUGAGGAAAUCAACAGAUAUUUCUGUAAGGGUUGCACUAUUAGUUUAGUUGUUGAUCGAGCAUCUUUAGAAUUAAAA